CCCACAAAGCACACUCCACAGAGAGAGAGAGAGAGAGAGAGAGAGGGGGAGAGAGAGAGAGAUGGAUAACAUGGAAGAAGAUGAGAAGCUGGUUCAGAUGGUCCAAGACUUCAUCGAAUCUGAUGACUACCCAUCAUCACCAUCUUCAUCAUCUUCCUCCCGGUGCUUGGAAGCUUCUGAUAAUCAUCACCACUCCUAUUACUUUGCCUUGAGGGGUGUGCUUGAAAGCGGAACACGAGCUGAGGUUGAUGUCCUCAAGAGUGUGUUGAAGCACAUGAGACGCAAGAGGGUCACAGAGAAGACCACGGGCUUGAAGAGAUGGUUGGUGAUGCGGCUGAAGAUGGAUGGCUUCCAUGCUUCUCUCUGCCACACUUCUUGGGUCACCUCCUUCUGUUGCCCCGGCGGGGAUUAUGAGUACAUCGAAGUGUUGACGAAGGAUGAGGAUGGCCAUCAGAAUCAUCACCAGCACCAUCAGACGAAGAGGCUAAUAGUGGAUGUGGACUUCAAGUCUCAGUUCGAAGUGGCGAGGCCCACACAGAGCUACAGGGAGCUCACGGACGCGCUGCCACUGAUCUUCGUCGGGGACGAGGUCAAGCUCAACCAGAUCAUCUCCCUCCUCUGCUCGGCGGCCAAGGAGUCGCUUCGGGAGCGAGGCCUCUACUUGCCUCCAUGGAGGACCACCGCUUACAUGCUCUCCAAGUGGCUCUCCGAGAGCCGCAUCGGAGACCCAGUUUCAAGAACCGUCGGUACUGCCGGUGGCGCCUCAACCGCAGGCGACAGAAAAGAUGGCGAUCCCGCGCACAAGAUCAAGAACGGUGCUGCUUUCCUGCCCAAAUCUAUGGUGAAAUCCAAGAAGGGCGAUCUGGGUAAUCGUGGGUCCGGCCUGUCUAGCCAAUUCUCGAACAUGAGCAUCAACUGCUGCUGAUUAGAGUGAAUUAAUUCUGACUUUUGAUGUUUGUUUCGGACAAGGAAAUUGUCCAAGAUUUUGACGAAUUUUGGGCUGGUGAGUGAGUGAUCUGUCUCGAAGUGAAGAGGAAAACGUAAUUUUCUUUUUGUUGAUGAGGAGUUAAUAAAUAUUGAACCGAUUAUUGCCCUACAUUAAUUGGUGAAUAGCCUUUCUUCAAUUGUCUAAAUAAUUUAUUUAUCCAGGAUAGAAU